AAUGGCGUAAUUAAAAAGCGGCGGAAGAAGGUGGGAGGGUCAUGACGCAGCGAGUUUCAGUCGUGACUUUUGUGGGGUUAUCGCGGCGUCCCCUUUUUUUGCCUUUAAAGUAAAACGUCGCCCCGACGCACCCCCCGCGUAUUUCGGGGGGCGGAGGCGGUGGGCCACGGCGCGAAGAGGGGCGGUGCUGACGCCGGCCGGUCACGUGGGCGUGUUGUGGGGGGGAGGGGCGCCGCCGCGCGGUAGGUUCCGGGCGGUUGGGAGCGCGCGAGCGAGCGAGAGGCAGCCGCGCCCGCCGCCGCCCCUGCUCUGUAUGCCGCUCUCUCCCGGCGCGGCCGCCGAUCACAGCAGCAGGAGCUGCCGCCGCCGCGGUUGAUGUGGUUGGGCCGGGGCUGAGGAGGCCGCCAAGAUGCCGCAGUCCAAGUCCCGGAAGAUCGCGAUCCUGGGCUACCGGUCUGUGGGGAAAUCCUCAUUGACGAUUCAAUUUGUUGAAGGCCAAUUUGUGGACUCCUACGAUCCAACCAUAGAAAACACUUUUACAAAGUUGAUCACAGUAAAUGGACAAGAAUAUCAUCUUCAACUUGUAGACACAGCCGGGCAAGAUGAAUAUUCUAUCUUUCCUCAGACAUACUCCAUAGAUAUUAAUGGCUAUAUUCUUGUGUAUUCUGUUACAUCAAUCAAAAGUUUUGAAGUGAUUAAAGUUAUCCAUGGCAAAUUGUUGGAUAUGGUGGGGAAAGUACAAAUACCUAUUAUGUUGGUUGGGAAUAAGAAAGACCUGCAUAUGGAAAGGGUGAUCAGUUAUGAAGAAGGGAAAGCUUUGGCAGAAUCUUGGAAUGCAGCUUUUUUGGAAUCUUCUGCUAAAGAAAAUCAGACUGCUGUUGAUGUUUUUCGAAGGAUAAUUUUGGAGGCAGAAAAAAUGGACGGGGCAGCUUCACAAGGCAAGUCUUCAUGCUCGGUGAUGUGAUUCUGCUGCAAAGCCCGAGGACACUGGGAAUAUAUUCUACCUGAAGAAGCAAACUGCCCAUUCUCCUUGAAGAUAAACUAUGCUUCUUUUUUCUUCUGUUAACCUGAAAGAUAUCAUUUGGGUCAGAGCUCCCCUCCCUUCAGAUUAUGUUAACUCUGAGUCUGUCCAAAUGAGUUCACUUCCAUUUUCAAAUUUUAAGCAAUCAUAUUUUCAAUUUAUAUAUUGUAUUUCUUAAUAUUAUGACCAAGAAUUUUAUCGGCAUUAAUUUUUCAGUGUAGUUUGUUGUUUAAAAUAAUGUAAUCAUCAAAAUGAUGCAUAUUGUUACACUACUAUUAACUAGGCUUCAAUAUAUCAGUGUUUAUUUCAUUGUGUUAAAUGUAUACUUGUAAAUAAAAUAGCUGCAAACCUCA